GUUAAGUUUUCACCUGUCAGGAUUACAGCCGCGACAGCAAAUGCCGCUCAGUUUUCACUGACUUCUACGUGUUCUCAUAAUAGCUUACAAUAUAAUUCACUGUGGAUGGACGAAUUCUUUAAUCAUCUCACCUUUGUGUAUUUUCGGCAUCUUUCAGUGAUACCGUAAUACACAUAAACGAAUAUUUUGACCACCCUACAACAACCGGAUUUUGGAGACUGGCCAAUUCUUGCCUGGAUGUGUGAGAGAAACCACUUGCGGGCAGUUGACUGUUUCUCUGAGGCUGGUGAUGUGUAAGGGAAUGCUUUGAGGACUGUAGCCAAGCGGGAAGGCAUUCACAGCCAUCAUCGGUAUCCGGACAGAGAAUGGGGAAUUAGUGCCCUGUCAACAGGAAUGAAAACAAGCAAACAGCCACCUGAGAUUCCCCAACAAACUCACCAGGUGGUUGCAGUGGCCAAGCUGCGGGAGACUCAGCAGGGCUGACGCAGGCGAGGGCAGAAAAGUAUGUUGCACAAUUCGAAGGGGUUGAUGGCGCAUCUGGUGCAGAUCGGCUGGGUGCUUCUGUCACUCAGGGUCUGUGCUUCUGCUGUGGUCCUGAGGAUGAUAGAGUACGGUCAGGGUCCUCAGCUCACCUGCCAUGAGGGCCUGACUGACUGCUCAGUGGAAGAUGAGGAUCCAAUGAGGCCUGGUUCAGGUGCAGAUGUGAAUAGACUGGAGCUCAAGCCACUGUUGUGCUGCAGGAAAGGCAAAGACUGCAGACCAUGCCUAGAGAUCCAUAUCCACUUCACCAUCACAGCGUUCCAUGAUGACCAGGACCAAUCAGGUGAAGGGGAGAUUUAUGAAAGUACAGAUCGAGAAGAGGGUGGGGGAAGCAGCCAGGAUAUCCUCCUUUACCAGACAGCCUCCAUAAACGUCUGUUACAACGUCCCAAACUUUUUGAAUAUUUGCAAGAGAUUAGAAUUCACACUGCCAUCUGUUGCACCUGAGGACCGUAAACCAGAGAUGUGGCUGUCGCUGGUGGUGUCUGAUAAAUUGUUGUUUGGCAGUCCUGUGUUUGUUACCACCAAAUCCACCCACAGGAACCUUACUCUGCCCUCUGAGAAAGAUGUUUGUUCACCAGCUCUAAAGAGGAUUGUGAGGGAGUGUGACGUCCCUACACUGCAUACUGUGAUUAACCGGGAGAAGGGAGUGGCCAUACUGGAGAUGGACAAGGAUGACAUGAACUACUCCCUCUCCAUGGGCAUGUGCAUGAAAUAUGGAGAGAAGAGAGACUGCAUUUUCCAGAAGCUGAAUUCAACGCACAAGUUCACAAUUCCAUUACACUUUGUCACCCCCUGCCUAUGCUUUCAGGUAUGGUGGCUAAAACGAAAUGCGGUGCGGGUAAACACCUGUCCUUUUUUGAACCACACAGAGUUCCUCAAGAACAUGUGGGACAACGUGUCACUUUCUGUGGUUCCAACUCAGACGAAUGGCAAUGACACAGCCCUGUCAUGGGAAUUAACUGCCCCCUGCAGGGUGGAGGCUGAACUGUGGCUGUGCAGAAUGGGAGAGGGAAGGGCCGGGCAGAAAUGCGGAGAGGUGGAGGGCUCCCGACAGAACAACAUAAAAGUAGACUGGAAAGAGAAUUUCCAAGGUCAUAGGAUGACAGGAGAAUUCAACAACAUAAAGCCUCAUCCAUCCUUGUGUGUGUUGGGAAAAGUGCAAGGAAUGGCCAGAGAGCUGGGUCCAUGGUGUCCAUAUGCAGAUGUAGCCCCAAGAGAACGCUGGAGCUUGGCUGUCCUGGUUAGCGUGCUUGUAAUCUGUCUGGCAAUACUUGGAGCUUACCUACUGCAUGGCAGUCUCAAAAGCUGGGUGUGGAAAUGUUUUAAAGAUGAGGACAUACGAGGCGCUGUGGGAGGUGGGCAGGUGGUGUUGCUGUACCCCCCAGACUCAGACCAAACCCUCCCUGGGCUGGUGUGUAGGCUGGGCUCCUCCCUGUCGGCCCUAGGGUUCAACGUGUCCCUGGAUCUGUGGAGUCGGGGGGAGCUGAGCGUCCUUGGGCCAGUGCCCUGGCUGCACUCUCGGCUGGACCGUCUGCAGAGGCACGGGGGCAAGGUGGUGCUGAUACUGACGCGCGCGGCCUUAGAGAGGGCUGAGGAAUGGGGCCGCUGGGGCAGGGACAGAGACGCGCCCCUGGAGAAGGGGGAGGGGUGUGAGAAGCACAGAGCGUCCUCCGCCCCCUACUGCUCCCCGUAUUCGGAUGUCUUCAGCGCAUCACUGAGCUGCGUUCUGGCAGACUACCUGCAGGGCCGCGCCGGAGAGCGUUUUGUCCUGGCGCAGUUCGAGUCCCUGCCCCCGCUCCCCCCUGGAAACGGCCAGGCCUUACCAGAGCUCUUCCGAGGCCUGCCACUGUACAGCCUCCCCUCGCAGAGUCUGGGCUUCCUUACUGAGUUGGCGGUGGCCCGCGGGGGGCACAGUCACCGGCGUCGGGCUGGGGGGCUGAGGGCAGCCUCGCGGGCGCUGACGGUGGGGCUCCGGGGGUUUGGGGGUUCAGGGGGAUUCUGGCUGCCGGGCUUCUCCCAGGGUGGUGCUGGCUCAGGGACAGAAGAUGCAUGGGAAACCGUGCCCCUGCAGCCUUGUCACACUCCACCACCAACCAGCCCCAACUCCAGCCCCAAGUCUGGAAAGAUGGACUGGGUGUGACCACUGGAUGUAAAGUGGAGAUACUGAACACUGAGUCUGUAGAAGAGUGUGAUCGUAUCCACUCACACUGACAAGGACAGGCACUCCAAACCUCCCUCUAAUCCCCACUGAAACAUUGGGGGUCCUCCGUUUGGUGAAGUUUGUGUCUUUUAUGUCAGAUUUGUUGAAAUCACUGCAUGCCUCUGUCCUUUCACCUCUGUCCCUGCAUUUUAAACAUGAAUGUCAAUAUACCGCUGCUUUGUUUCACUAAUGUGUCUAGUAAUUGUAUAUACAAGAGGGAUCACUUCAACAGGUUUUGAAAAAUGAAGGACAAAAGCAAUUACAGUUCAGUUGCCUGAAACACUAACAAAGCCUAAAGUUAUUGUGCUCAGAUCGGGUCAAUGUGAUUUCACUGCAGGACUCUGAAUGUACUGACAUUUUAUUAGAUUUUUUUCUGAAAAAGCUUCUUUAAUAUUAUGUUGUUUCAACCAUUUUCAAAAAGCUGUUUCAUGAACAGUUGGAAACUGAAUUUGAGCAUGAAUGAGGCUGCCUGUGGGUCAGCAGUGAAAUAAAGAGAUGAUGUCAGCAAGAUCAUUACUGUCCCCACUGAUGUCUAAAUGGGCGAAAAUGGUUGUAAAGAUUUAUAUGAUGCUCUUCAAUGAUUGUUAUCCAUCUUGCUUGUUGCCUUUUUUUAUAAGGAA